CAUCACCAACCAAAACCCGCGGAGAGGGAGAGAGGGGGAGAGAGAAGGAGGCGCACACGCAUGGCGCUAGCUGCGGCGUCCGCCAAUCUGGCCGGCAAGCAGAGCUUGCGUGUCGUCGUCAUCGGCGACCCAGGCACCGGCAAGUCCAGCCUCGUCGCGUCCGCCGCCACCGAGCGCUUCCCCGACGAGGACGUCCCCGGCGUCCUGCCCCCUACCCGCCUCCCCGUGGACUACUUCGCCGACCGCGUCCCCAUCACCAUCGUCGACACCUCCUCCAGCCCAGAGCAGAAGCCGAAACUGAUCGCCGAGUGCCAGUCGGCCGAUGUGGUGGUACUCACCUACGCCUGCGACCGGCCCGCGACGUUGCAGCGGCUCAGCUCAUUCUGGUUACCCGAACUCCAGAGCCUCCAGUUGAAGGCACCAGUGAUUGUUGUGGGAUGUAAGCUGGACCUGAGGGAUGAGAAGCAGUACAGUCUUGAGGCGAUGAUGGAACCCAUCAUGGGGACAUUCCAAGAGAUUGAGACCUGCAUUGAAUGCUCCUUGUUUCGACAGAUCCAGGUUCGAGAGGUCUUCUACUAUGCACAGAUGGCUGUGCUUUACCCAACAGCUCCCCUAUUUGAUCAAGAGACACAGGCUCUAAAGACACGCUGUAGGAGGGCUUUGAAGCGUAUAUUUAUUCUAUGUGACCAUGACAGAGAUGGAGCUCUUAGUGAUGUGGAGCUCAAUGACUUUCAGGUAAAAUGCUUCAAUGCUCCUCUCCAACCUGCUGAAAUCGCAGGCGUGAAGAGAGCCAUCCAAGACAAGUUGGCUGAAGGCGUAAACGACAAUGGGGUUACAUUGACUGGGUUCCUUUUCUUUCAUACCCUUUUUAUCACGAAUGGACAAAUGGAAACUACUUGGACUGUGUUGAGGAAAUUUGGCUAUGAUGAUGAACUCAAGUUUAGAGAUGACCUCAUUCCAGCAAUUAAACGAGCUCCUGAUCAAACUUUGGAAUUCACAAGUAAAACCAUUGAUUUCUUGAGAGGAAUCUUCAACAUGUUUGACACAGACAAUGAUGGAGCUUUGCUACCUGCUGAGGUGGAGGAUCUUUUCUCAACUGCGCCUGAAAAUCCAUGGUCUUCUCAUCUGUACGAAAACUGUGCUGAAAAUAAUGUCUUGGGUGGGUUGUUGUUUGAAGGAUUCAUCUCCAAGUGGGCUCUUAUGACCCUUCUACACCCACCAAGUAGUUUUGCCAACCUUAUAUAUGUUGGCUAUUCGGGCGAUUUUGACUCAGCAUUUACCACCACGAGGAAAAGAAAAGUGGACCGUAAAAAGCAACAGACUCAGAGAAAUGUGUUCCAGUGUUAUGUCUUUGGUCCCAGAGGUGCUGGAAAGACUGCAUUGCUACAAUCUUUCCUUAAAAGGCAACCUGAUGCCUUUUCUGUCAAUGGACGAUUUGCAGCGAAUACUGUUGAACUGCCUGAUGGGAAUAGAAAGACACUUGUGAUGAGAGAAAUUCCUGAAGGUGAUGUUGGAUCAUUACUGUCUGAUAAGGAAUCUUUGGCACCCUGUGAUAUAGCAGUUUGUGUUUAUGAUAGUUGUGAUGAAUUUUCUUGGCAAAGAGCAAGAGAUUUGCUUGUAAAAGUGGCUGCACAUGGAAAAAACACCGGCUAUGAAGUUCCUUGUCUGAUAGUUGCUGCUAAGGAUGAUCAUGGCCAAUCAUUGAUGGCACUGCAAGACUCAACUAGAGUGAGCCAUGGCAUGGGAAUCGAAACACCAGUUCCUGUCAGUGUAAGGUUGAAUGAUUUGAACAAUAUUUUCUGCCGGAUAGUCAAUGCGGCGCGGCAGCCCCAUUUGAACAUCCCAGAGACUGAAGCUGGGAGAACACGCAGGCAAUACCGCCAACUUCUGAACCGUUCCCUCACGGUUGUCUCAAUUGGAGCUGCCGUUGCAGUUGUGGGCUUAGCUUCUUAUCGGCUUUACGCAGCUAGGAAGAGCGCAUCGUCUGGAGAGUGAAGAAGUUCCUCUCCGUUGCCUGCCCAACAACCGGAUAGUUUAGAUCAGUUUUACUGUUUUUUUAGCUUCCUAGCAUCUCCAACAACACUCCAAUAUAAACCCCAAAAAUCAAAUAUUGGUAUUAAAAGCUAAAAACAUACUCCAACAUUUGCCCAAAAAAGCUCCUAAUUUUUUAGCAUCCUCAAGCACCGGUAUUCGUUGAGCCAAAUUUAGGUCACCUACUGGCUAAUCUCACGAUUCACACUAAUUCUUUUCACCUGACACCAUUUUUCUGUCCACCUCGGCACCAUUUUUUAUAUGCUCAUGUCCUAUCUAUGGUUAUUUAUCUAUCACAAGUUGUAAAAAAAGGUAUAGUUUCUCCGUUAUAGGCAGAAUGACAUAUGAGCAAAUAUAAAUAAUUAUUAGCUUUUAUCCUGUAAAUAUCUAGAAAUCCAUGAUAUUCGUUGUUCGACAUUGAACUGAAAUUAGAUCGUAUUUCUGCCAUUUUGAACUUAUCCGAAGAUACAUAUGCUAAC